UGAUCGAAGCCCAGUGAGACCUCCACCUGGAGUUCCUAUGUUCACCUUUCACAUCUACGCUGUGCUGGACAAAGCGUUUAGAUUCAACCAAGAACACGACAGACUUCAGCUUCAAAAUCAGCAAGAGUAUUUCCCGCCCCUUGUAAUAACACAUUUUGUUGGACUAAAGCAGGAAGGUUAUCUGGUGGAAGCACGCCUCUCUGUUGAAGAAAGCAGCUUGCGAAGAGGCAGCGGAGUGACUUAUUUGUAUUGUGUAAAGCAACGAGUCAAAGAGAUUUCAGGAACUGCCACAAGACAUAUUUACAUUCCUUCAGACCCAAGUAUUAAGGAGAUGCAUCUUUAUGAAGGACUCAUUAGCCGUUAUGAUGAAAAAAGUUUUUUUCACAAAAUGUUUAGCUGGAAGAACAAAAAGGGUGUGGAGAUUUCAAAUGCCUGGCAGUCCUCAGCUACAACUCUGCUGAACAGAAUCUUCCAGAAAUGGACUCCGUCAGAUAAACAGAGCACUGAGAGCUUGUGUCAAAGUUUGAGGUAUUUUAUGGGGAGCCUUGGUUCUGCUCACACUAGGAUGGCAUACCCAGACCAUUCACAUCCCCCUCAGGUCAAGGUGUCAGAGUUGAUUUCGGAGAACUUGCUCCAGAUCUUAAAAGGAGAGCCGAAGGAGAAGCUCCCGAGCUCCUGCAGGGACACUAGUCCUCUC